AUGAGUACCCAUUUCAUAUCUCUCAUAAUAAUUCUCCUCCUCACUAUCUUCUUUCUAACCGGAAAUGCCCGGCCGCCUUUUGCCUGCGACCCAUCGGACGGUUCCACCUCCAAAUUACCCUUCUGUAGGGUAUCUUUAAGUAUACAAGACAGGACUAAAGACUUGAUCGGACGGCUGACGUUGCAGGAGAAGAUCAGACUCAUUGUUAACAAUGCGAUCGCCGUCCCUAGAUUGGGAAUCAAGGGUUACGAAUGGUGGUCGGAAGCCCUCCAUGGAGUAUCAAAUACCGGUCCCGGAGUUAAGUUCGGCGGCGUAUUUCCCGGCGCCACUAGUUUUCCUCAGGUCAUCACAACCGCUGCCUCUUAUAAUGCCUCCUUAUGGGAACAGAUCGGACGGGUGGUAUCCGAUGAAGCAAGAGCAAUGUAUAAUGGAGGAGUGUCGGGUUUGACAUAUUGGAGUCCUAAUGUGAAUAUAUUUAGGGAUCCGAGAUGGGGAAGAGGACAAGAAACGCCUGGAGAAGAUCCAGCUUUGUCGGGGAGAUAUGCUGCAAGUUACGUUAGAGGGUUACAAAGUAUUACAAAUGGGAAUCGUUUGAAAGUGGCCGCUUGUUGCAAACAUUUCACAGCCUAUGAUCUCGACAAUUGGAGAGGGGUUGAUCGUUUUCAUUUCAAUGCGGUGGUGACAAAGCAAGAUUUGGAGGACACUUAUAAUGUGCCAUUUAGGGAUUGUGUGAUUGAAGGAAAGGUGGCUAGUGUUAUGUGUUCUUAUAAUAAGGUUAAUGGCAAGCCUACUUGUGCCGAUCCUGACCUACUUCGCAACACUAUCCGUGGACAAUGGCAUCUCGAUGGGUAUAUCGUGUCGGAUUGUGAUUCUGUCGGAGUGUUAUAUGACCAACAACAUUACACUAGAACACCGGAGGAUGCGGCUGCUGACACAAUUAAAGCGGGCUUGGAUUUGGAUUGUGGUCCAUUCUUAGCAAUACAUACCGAGGCUGCAAUAAAUCAAGGGAAAAUGAGUGAAGCUGAUGUGAAUGGAGCCUUGACAAAUUUGGUUGUGGUUCAAAUGAGGUUAGGAAUGUUUGAUGGAGAACCAUCCAAACAACCUUAUGGGUAUUUAGGCCCAAGACAUGUUUGCACAUCAGCCCAUCAACAAUUGGCCCAAGAAGCGGCCCGUCAAGGCAUUGUGUUACUAGUAAACAAGGCAAAAACCCUUCCUCUUUCUAUCUCGGGCCAUCACACUAUUGCCGUCAUUGGACCCAAUUCAGAUGCUACCAAUACCAUGAUAGGAAACUAUGCUGGUGUACCAUGCGCUUAUACGUCGCCUUUAAAAGGAAUAGGUAGAUAUGCCAACACUAUUUAUCAAUCAGGAUGUAACGGAGUUGCUUGCAAUGAUAAUCAACAAUUUGUAGCGGCUGAGGGAGCAACCAAACAAGCCGAUGCCACGGUAUUGGUAAUGGGCUUGGACCAAUCGAUAGAGGCUGAAGCAAGAGAUCGUGUUAGCCUUCUUUUGCCCGGGCACCAAGAGGAGCUUAUUGCCCGGACAGCAAGGGCUUCAAAAGGUCCAGUUAUUUUGAUCUUAAUGUCUGGUGGCCCAAUUGAUGUUACUUUUGCUAAAAAUAACCCAAAAAUCGGAGCCAUCUUAUGGGUCGGAUAUCCAGGUCAAGCUGGUGGGGCUGCAAUCGCGGAUAUUCUCUUUGGAAAGGCAAAUCCAGGAGGGAAGUUGCCUAACACAUGGUAUCCACAAAGUUAUUUGAAUAAUUUAAGAAUGACAGAAAUGGGCCUAAGAGCUGACCCAACAAGAGGAUAUCCAGGCCGAACCUAUAGAUUCUAUAAGGGCCCAGUUGUCUUUCCAUUUGGACAUGGGCUUAGCUAUACAACUUUUACACACACUUUGGCCCAAGCUCCCACUACAAUUUCAAUGCAAAGUUUAAGUAACAUAGUGCAAGUUCAAAAUUCAACAAUCUUAACGUCAAAUGGCUUGAGCAUGUCACACAUUGAUUGCGACGCGCUCUCUUUUGACGUCCACAUUGAUGUGGAGAACACCGGUGAUAUGGAUGGGGCGCAAACAGUUCUUGUGUAUUCCACCGCACCCGCAAGUAGGAGAUGGGCACCGGUGAAACAAUUGGUCGGAUUUGAGAAAGUUCAUGUUGCGGCUAAAGGGAAACAAAGAGUUAAGGUUGAGAUCGACUUAUGCAAACAUAUGACAAUUGUAGACAAAUUUGGAACUAGAAGGAUCUAUUUAGGUGAACAUAAUCUUCAUAUAGGGGAAGAAGAAGUUAUGCAUAAAGUCUCAAUCCAAGUAGGUUUGGGUACUAGCAUUAAUCCAUAAAUAUACAUACACUUUAUUUAUAAUAAUAAUUGCAAUAUGAGGAAUUGUGAAAAUUUAAUAUAUAUAAUAAAUAUGUUGUUAUUAU